AUGUCCGAACGCAGUCUUGAAGUCGAUUCAACACUCCCGCAGAGAUACAACCUCGAAAACUUUAAACCAUACGCAGCACCAUUCAACCUAUACAAAGUCCUCUAUCCUCGACCCAGAGACCUCCCAGGUGCGUUGCUAGGCUAUACUGUGGACAAAUAUUGGUUCGAUGUGUGCAUGCGUCUGGGCAUGGCCGGGGAUAUUGAACCUGUGGGGAGCUGCACCGCACUCAUGAACAGAAGAAUGCAAGUAGUCAGUGAGGCGACUGAGAAGUAUGGCAAGAGACCUUGGCGCAAAUAUGACGACCAGCCGAGUGAGAUGGAAGUAACAUUUUGGUGGGUCACGCCGAAAGGGGAGAUUGACAAGACUAUGGCAGGGGAUGUGACCUCGGUGCAAAAUCUCGAUGCGACGAUGACACUGGGAUUGGCUGUGGCGAUUGACAAAAAAAUAGCGGAGCAGGUUAAAAUGUUGGUGGAGGAAGUUGGUCCCAUCAUGAAUCGGGCGGGGGUUACUGAGGAGCGCGCAAGAUUGUUGAAUAACCAUCUGAGACAGUUAGGGUCUGACCUUACUGUAGAGGAUAUAUACAAUGUUCAAAUCAAGGAGAGAGAAGGGGAAGGAGUUACAUCUAUGCAAAAGCCUGGAGAUGAAAUUGGAAGAGGUUCUGGUUCUUGA